GGCGACGGUGUUUUAACAUUUUUGUGUGCCAGACGUGCCACUGUGCCAGUGCACUAGCGCCGCCGCUCCUGCCAGCCAAUACUCAUAGUAUUUUUGUAUUCGUACGUCGUUCCAUCGGCCGGUGUGACCGGUGUGUGUGUGCUGUGUAGACGUGUAGUUUAGGUGAACGUUUUUUUUUUUUUUGUUCUUAUCUAUUCUCAGUUUUAAUUUUUCUCGUCUUUAAAAACUGCCCACCGAAAAUGAAUCAGCUCGGCGAGUCGAAGCUGUUCGGGGCGACCCGACGAUCUACGCGACAAUAGGCUAGGCUGCCACUACCUACCUACCAAUGGAAAUAAUAAAAUACCUAAUAUAUUGAGACCAUCAGAUCGACCACCGGCCACAUAGCGGAGCAAUAACAACAAUAACCACCAGGGUCGAACAUAAUAUUAUAUAAUGGACAGUUCGGAAUACGAAUCGGUGAGAAACGAAACGCUGCUUUUCUUUUUCGAAAAAUUGGUAGACAAGGGCACUCCACGAUCCCUGCACGACUUAAGUUGCCAAUUUGGUUCGAAAGGAUUUACCAAAGAGAUGCGACAGAUCGCUGGUGGAUCUCAGUCAGGCCUAAAGAAGUUCCUGUCACAGCACCCGUCGUUAUUCACGUUGGACGGAGACCUAGUUGCCGCAUCUCAGCUAUUUGCACCUGUACAAUCAGAUACUAAUUAUAACAACAAAGCCGUCCAUUAUUUUAAAGAUAAGUUGUUAAAAUAUGGGGUUGGAACUGAAGUGCCGAUUCGUUGCCUACUUGGACACCGUUCUCAAGCUCCACCAGAGAUCCGAUUAAUAUCUGGUCUACACAUCAAAGAAUUCAGAGACUUUCUGAUGAAAUAUCCUGAUGUAUUCACUGUAGGUGAAGACACCAUUAUUCUAACUGAAUAUGCAGGACUGGAGCGUAAAAUGUAUGAUGACAGCGACCAACGUGAAGCAAAAAUUGAUCCAGAAAUCACAAAACGUCUUUUAGCAUUUUGUGUACAAUGCUUGGAAUGCAAAGGACCGAUGUUAACUGAUCAAAUGUUCCAUAGUAUUUCCUUGCGUUUUACAGAAAAUACUUGGUCACCGAUUUUUAAGACUCCAUCAGAUCUGUUUACAUUUUUGAAAAUGUAUCCUGAACAGUUUAAUACGCAAUCCAAUUUAAUAACGUUGGCUAAAAAUAGUCCUAAACCAGAAGUUAAAAUAGUUAGAAUUCCUACAGAAGUUGUACCGUUAACACCCCCUAUGUCUCCGCCACUACCCAAACCAAUAGCAAACAAUAAUCAAUCCCUUAAACAAAGAAUUAACAAUUUGGUUAUGAAAACGAUUGCAGACAAUACUGAGCGAAAUAACAAAAUACCAAAUGGUUAUGAUGAUAGUGAUGCAUGGAAAGGAAAAAUGUUGAACAAUAUCAAAGUAAUUACAAGUACUAAAGAAUGUUCAAAUAUUGUCGAUAGAAUUUUGGCACAAAAGUCAGCUAUUGGUAUAGAUUUUGAAGGUCUAUAUAUUGGAGCCAACGGUCAAUUGACCUUAAUGCAAGUGGUAAAUGAAGACGGAUCAUGUUUUAUAUUUGAUUUAAUAGCUUGUCCACAAUUAAUUAAAAGUGGAUUACAAAGUCUACUAGAAAGUGAAGAAAUACCUAAGGUGAUCAAUGAUUGUCGAAAUGAAAGUUUGAACCUGUACAACCAGUUUGGCAUUGCAAUGAAAAACGUGUUCGAUAUUCAGGCUGCCAUUGCUAUUAUUCAAUUUCAAGAAACUGGACAACCAGUUUAUAAGGCAAAAAAUCUUAGUCUAAAUGCCAUUUGUGAAAUGUAUGGUUUGCCAAUAAACUCAUCUAAGGAUCAAUUGAGAACUCAAAAUAAAAAAGAUCCAAGGUAUUGGAUACGGAGGCCAUUAUCUAAGGAUAUGCUUGCUUACGCUGCCAGUGAUGUGCUAACUCUCAUGCCUAAGUUAUAUAAAAUUUUAUCUGCUCAAAUUCAUCCAUCCAAUACUAAACUGUUCGAAGAGUUAUGUGAAGAACAAGCAUUUUUGUACAUUUCCCCAGAUAAUGUUCAAAAACGUAAGCACCAGCGUAAAAUUGAUAAUGAAUUGCAAGUUCUUAAAGAUAAAUUGUCUACUGAUAAUGGAAAAAAUGUCGUUCUUAGUAACAGAGAAUUGAGAUUAUUAAGGCAUUUGGAAUUAACUGAAGAAGAUAAAGAAAAGUUAAAAGGAUCCACAAAGGUUGCAAAAAAGUUAGAAAAAAUGGAAGGAAAAAAUAUGAAAUAUAGUGGAGAGGACUGUGAUUCUAAUGAGUUCCUCAGUCUAGACAGCAAUAUUAGUGGUAAAUCAACAUCAUCAGAUAAUUCUGCAUCUGGGGAAUGCCAGUCUAUUGCGUCUGAACAACCGCUAAGCCUUACUGAAACUAUGGAAAGGUUGGAUGAUGUAUUAUCUGAUAAACUUAUGGAUCGUUUGGAAAAAAUUGAGCGUCUAGAGUCAUUGUUGACAAUGGCCAUGGAUGCAGAGCCAGACCAAACAGAUAGUUUAGAUACUUCACCUAUGAGUUGCAAAUGCACCUGCCGUUUUGCUACAGACACUGUUGACAUGUCUACUCAAACUGAACCACUAUAAUCCAUUAUUGUUGGAAAUGAAAGGAGAGAAAUACUUUGGGUUUAUUAUUUAGAUUUUUUAAAUCUUAUGCCCAGCCAUGGCCUUUGGGCCUAAUUGUUUAGUUUACGACCAGGUUUCAUAUUGCUUUUGUUUAAUGUAAAAAGUGGUAUUGGAAAAUCUGGGUCCGUGUAUAUAAUAUCUAUAGAGAAACUAAUUAACAGGGUUGAGUCUGUACAAUAUCCGUCCAUAAUAUUAUUAUACGUGUUAUAUUUUGUGUUACGAUAUAGCAAAGGUUAUAAAUAAUAUUCAAAAUUUGACAGCAAUAAAAAGAAAAUCCGCAAGGCGGUUAGACAUAUUAGACUGAAAAAUAUUAUAUUUUUAUUAAAUUUGCGCUAGCAUCACGACGUGCCUAUUUAGAUUUUAGAAAAAUUAAUUAUAGUUGACUUUGUUUGCUCAAACAGUAUUAACCUAAACUAUAGUAUUGCAUUGUGAAGUCCAUGUAUUAAAAUUAAUAACAUGAACGUAUGUAUAAUGAAUUAUCAUGAAAUGGAAGGUAUGUUUGUAUACCUGUUAGGGAUUUAAAAAUAAAUGCAUGGUGUUGUGAAAGUAGACGUUUUACUUUACACCUAUUUAACUUGAGUAAUCCAAGCAUGUACAUUGUACCUGUUUUCUGGGAGGGGAAGGGGGUUAGUUAAUCAUAACAAAAAUGAAUUACAAAUUAAAAGUUCUAUUAUAUAAGUAAAAAAUGAUUUUGGGUAGGAUGGUUUGAAAAUUCCCAAUUCCCCCUGUACACGUGCCUGAUGUGGUAGAUGGACAUUUUCUCCUGACUUAAUCAUUAGUAGAGCCCGGAUUUCAAUGCGGUAUUCAUGAAACAAAUACUUCAUUAGUGAAACUUUUAUAGAGGAAAAAUUAUGUAUCCAAUAGGAAAAUUUGUAGGCCGUGAUUAUAAUUUAUAAACACUGAACUUUUAAACAAAUUUCGGUUUUUUAUUUUUUAUAAAUGUUUAGUAAAUUUAUUGUAAAUUUAAAUUUAAGUAGGUGUACUUAAUAAAACAUUGCAUUAAAAAAAUUAAUUUAUAUGUCAAUUUUUAAGGGCAUUAUUGUGGUAAAAUAUAUUUUUUAUGGACAUUUUUAGCAAUUUUUUUGGAGCAUUUAAAUCCGGGCCCUAAUUAUAAGACAUUUUCUCUCCAUGUAUAUUAUGCAUGUAUAUUUUACACACAAUUAUUUGUGAAUUGUAUAAAUUCUGCAACUCAAUAUUGUCUAUCUUAUAAAUCACUAAGAUAACCAUGAUAAAAUAACAUGGUAUGAUGGCAACGUUCUGAAAUAUUGUCAAGUCUUGUGCACAUCAUUGUAUCUAGUUUACCUUAUAAUACGCUAUAUAUUUAUAUUAGUCAUGACAAACCCCAUGAAAAGCGGUUAACUGGAUACUGAUGAAAGGCAAGAUAACGAGUGUUAUUAACUAAUUAAAUUAAUUAAAUUGCCAGCAAACCAUGUUAUUUUAAUAUGAAGAUAACCACCGAUUAUACAACUGGUGUUAACAGUUGGUAUAUUUCAUGUACAUAAGCAUGCGCAGACUACCGGCAUGUAGUGUCAACACAUUAACACACACACCCCUAUUAUACCUAUAUAUUCUUAUUCACUCCUAAAGUUAUAAAAUCGAAUUUGGAUGGGUUAAUUUUUUUUCCUAUAUUAUUGGCUAUUGCGUAUGAUAGUAAAUGAUGUCAAACAUAAUCAUGAUAAUAUUAUGUCCUUUUUAAAACUUAAGAGAGAAAAUGUCUUACAUUCACCUGGUAAAACCUAACCAUAUUUCAAUAUUUGUCUUCCUUGAGUGGUGUUAUUGUACAUUAUUAACAAUAUUCUUAAUAUCAUAAUAUUAAUGUAUCAGCGUUGAUAAUGUCAUUAAGUAUUAUUAUUUUAUUUUUGUUAGAAAAAUAUUAAAAUUUAACAUUAAGAAAAUUGGUUGUAUUUGUAAUUUACACUCUUACAAGUUUUAUUUAAAACAUAAUUGUGUUAUUUAUUUACUAACCAAAGUUAUAAAAAUAAAAUGUAUAUUUAACAAAAUGA